CUGUUGGUGUCUGUUGCCAUGGUGAUGUAUGUGCAGGUGUUUGCUCUGAUUCGCUACACCAAUGAUCCCCAGAGGUUCAGCAUUGAGUACGUCAAUGGCAUCGUCAGGAAAUACAGUGCUACUGAAAGAGAUGCCCUGCUGUGCAGUAUCCUGGAUGGAGUGAGGGCCAGUGGGAACAGAGACAUCUGUGUGAAGAUGACACGCACCAACCGAGGCCAGAGACUGGGGCCACUCCAUCUGCCUGUGGAGGAGGAGGUGGAGAGCCAGUACCUCAAAUACCUCGUCAACACUCCUCCAUCGGUGCAGUUCCAUGAGGCAGUGGAGAAGUUCAACUCCAACGUGGCUUACAGUGGCCUCAACCAUGCAGUGUCUUCUGAGGGUAUAUUUUCAGAGAACAAGGAGAAGCUCAUCAACGGAUCCCUCACCGCACUGCUGAUGAAGGAAGGAGACCAGAAUUCCCUCCCAAAUGACAGACUAGAAGAACAGUUCCAUGCCCUCAGGAGACUAGUGGCCUCCAAGGCUGGCUACGAGGCCUUCACCUCCCUCACCAAUUUCAGGGAGAUAGUUGGGAAGAAGGUGGUUCGAGCCCUCCGCAGGAAGGACGACGGGAUCAGCCAUGCCUGUGUGGACUUCCUGUGUGCCCUCAUGCAGCCCAUGCACGACAACUACGACCUGAGACAGGAGCAGAUGAACAAGUCCUCUCUCCUCUCCAGCAAACCGUUCCUGGAGAUGGUGCUGGAACCUCUCAAGACACACGUGGGAGAGUGGGGGAGUGGCACUGGUAGUCAGCUCCAUUCUAGAUUUCUUCACAUUUGCUGUCUGUCCUCCCUACAGUGAGACAACUGAAGCAGAGAAGUUUGACAUGGUUUUGGAGCUCAUUUCUGGUCUGGGAAGAACAGUGUUCAAACUCUUUCAGCACCCUUCUCUGGCCAUUGUGAAGGCGGCUGGACUUAUCAUGAAAGCCAUCAUUGAGGAGGGGACGCCGGAGAUGGCAAAGAAGAUGCAGGACCUGGCGCUGGCAGAGGGAGCUCUCCCCCGGCACCUCCACACCUCCCUCUUCACCGCUUCCAGUGACAACAGACUCCUCACUCACAGGCAGCUGAGUCGUCACCUGGUGGGACGCUGGGUGACUGGGAACCCCACUGCUAAUGCCCUCCUCCACAGAGUAGUGCCACUGGGUCUAAUGCAGUACCUCAAGUCCAAUGAGAAAGUUCCGGAAGAGGCAGAUCGCAUGCAUGUCAGAGACAACCU